AUGGAUUUCAUCAAGAAGGCCGGCGACGCCCUAAACAAGAACAAGGGCGAGUCCAACAACAACGAGCAGACCCAGAACCAGGGCGGCGACAACAACCAGCAGCAGGGCGGCAGCAGCACCGACCCCGGCAAGGAGGACUACCUCGACAAGGGCAUCGGCUUCGCCUCCAAGAAGGCUGGCUACAACAUGGACCGCAACACCGAGGAAAAGGUCGGCGACGGCAUGCGCAACGCCUACGAGAAGUACUCUGGAAGCAAGGUCCCCGAGAAGUUCUCCAACUAA